UUUUCAGAAAAAUAAUCAAAAGUUCAUUGCAUUCGGUGCAACUCCAUCAACUAAGCAUGGCUUCUAGUAGUUUACCUUCUUUCUGCAGCUUAAGCAAACCAUUCUGCAAGUCUAAGGCACAAAAAUAUCCUCGAGUGAGAUCUGAAAGCUUCCGUAAUGAAGGUAACUCAGCAAAUAUUGUGGACGCCAACUUAAGUGUUCUAAGAGAGAGAAUAGAACAAGUGAGGAAGAAGGAGAGGAUAGACACACGACGUUGCAUACCCCAAAAUGGUUGGACUUAUAAACCUGUGUAUGAUCAUGACAAACACAAGAGAGAUUCCCUAUUAUCAGAGUCCAUAAAGCUUGUAGGUUAUGUAGGUAGUGCAUUUGGGCUCGUCUUCCUCAGUGGUUCUCUCUGUGUAUUCAUUGUUUCCUUUGCUGUUCAUCUGCAUACAUGA